CCCCCCCCGUGGACUUGCACUGAACACUGCCCCUCCAGCACGUCUCACCGUACAUACAGUCCCACACAUACCAACGCACUAUCAACAACAAUGUGGGACCCCUACGCUGCCCAACAACAACAACUAGCCUACGGCUCCGUCCCGGACGCUCAGAAAACGACCCUGUGGAUGGGCGAUCUCGAGGGCUGGAUGGAGGAAAACUAUAUUCGCCAGUUGUGGGCGUCCAUGGGAGAGAAUGUGAAUGUUAAGAUGAUUCGUGACAAACUUACGGGACAGAACGCAGGCUACUGCUUCGUCGACUUUAUGAGCAACCAAGCAGCGAUGCGGCACUUGACCACCAUCAAUGGCACGCUUAUUCCCGGCACGAGUCGCACGUUUAAGCUGAACUGGGCGUCUGGUGGGAGUGCUGCUGUCAUGGGCGGCGCAAGGGAUGACAGGGGCCCUGAAUACUCGGUGUUUGUUGGAGACCUGGGACCGGAAGUGACUGACUUCAUGCUACUGCAAACAUUCCAAGCCCGCUACAUCUCCUGCAAAUCCGCAAAAGUGGUAACCGACCCCGUCUCCGGCCUCACCCGCGGCUAUGGCUUCGUCCGCUUCUCCGACGAAUCCGAACAACAGCGCGCGCUUGCAGAAAUGCAGGGGCAGUACUGCGGGUCCCGCGCCAUGCGCAUCUCGCCCGCUACGCCGAAAUCAAACGUUAGUGGCGGAAGUGCUGGGGUUGGUGGUGCCGGGUUUGGCGCUGCAGGGGGCAUGGGGGGCGUGGGAACGCGAGCGGGGUCUGUGGGGGCUGCGGGGAUGGCCAUGUCGGCUGGUGCAGGGUACUAUGCCGGUGCAGGGCAGGCGGGUGGUGGAGGCGGGGGAGGGUAUGAGGCGGUGGAUCCGACCAAUACGACGGUGUUUGUGGGUGGGUUGACGAUGGGGAUUAGUGAUGAGGAACUGCGAAGCUACUUUGCACCCUUUGGAGAAAUUGUGUACACGCGCAUCCCGCCCAACAAGGGAUGUGGGUUUGUGCAGUACGCGCAUCAUCAAUCUGCGGCGAUGGCCAUUGCGCAGAUGAACCAGUACCCCAUUGGCGGAAUCCGCGUCCGCACCUCCUGGGGCCGUUCCCAAGCCCCCGCACGUCCUCCCACCGGGCAGUACCCAUCCUUCUCCGCCUCAACCUACCCUCCAACGGCCGUCGCCUACACCUCACCGUACACCGCCACACCGUACGGAGCAGCACCACAACCGGCGUAUGCGCGACAAGUGGAAGACCCGUUGCAGCCAGUGAGCGUGGAGAGGAUGAAUGAGGAGUUUGUGAGGAGGAAGGAACGGAUUGAGGAGGGUGAGGGGGCGAGGGGCGAGUGGAGGAGGAGUGUUAUUGUUUGAGGAAGGGGCAAGGGAAACGCCAAACCCGGAAAAACACUGCCACCCACGUCAAAAGCAUUCUACCGCAACACCCCUCAAUCAACAUUUUUCGAACCCCCCGCAAACAAAACAUUCGCCCCCACUUUGGUUUGUUCGUCACUAUCUGCUCUCGUAUUCCUUUCGGCAUGUCUAUUUUUUUUUUUUUCGUUAUCGCUAUCGUCCCUUUCAGUGUCCCUAUCUAUACCAUCCCGUUUCCCCGUCGGUGUUGCGCAUUCUUUUAUCGUAUUUCGGUAGUUUCGUGUAGGUCUCAUGUAUACCCCCGUCUCGUAUUUUGUUUGGUCUCGUUAUGUAUUUUUGCUUUUGCUCUUUUGAUGGGCGAGGGAAAACAAAUGGGCAUCUGUGUUUGAAAUCGUAUCAAUUGAAUGAUUAUGG